AUGGUGAAGGGAAAAGCCACCGCCACAGUCUCAGGCCGCACUAUCGCCGAAACAGACGAGUAUGAACUUGUAGAAGGAAAUGUCUACUUCCCGGCCUCCUCAGUCAACAUGUCAUACCUCAGCAAAACCGACCAUAGUACGCACUGCCCAUGGAAGGGGGAUGCUUCGUAUUAUAACGUUAAUCUUGAUAAAACGGAGUUGAAGAAUGCGGCGUGGUAUUAUCCGGAGCCUCUUGAGAAGGCGAAGGAUAUUAAGAACUAUGUUGCUUUUUAUAAGAACAUGGUGACCGUGAAGACUGACUGA